UUCAGAUCUCUUCGGUAAUCAGUUCGGCCCCAUGGCGUCCCAGAGUCGUCGGCGGAGGCCGCCGCGGAGGCCCGAGACGGUGGUGCCGGGGGAGGCGGCCGAGACGGAUUCGGAGCUCUCAGCGUCCUCGUCGGAGGAGGAGGAGCUGUACCUGGGCCCCUCGGGCCCGACGCGCGGCCGCCCUACGGGGCUGCGGGUGGCCGGGGAGGCCGCGGAGACCGACUCGGACUCGGAGCCGAAGGCCGCGCCGGGGGACCUGCCUCCGCUCGUGGUGCAGCGGGAAAGGGCCGGGGAGACCUGGGGGACCGAGGAGACGCCGGCGCCAGCCCCCGCGCGCACGCUGCUGCAGCUCCGGCUGGCCGAGAGCCAGGCGCGGCUGGACCACGACGUGGCGGCCGCGGUGAGCGGCGUGUACCGCCGCGCCGGCCGCGAUGUGGCCGCCCUGGCCAGUAGACUUGCGGCCGCCCAGGCGGCAGGGUUGGCGGCCGCCCACAGCGUGCGCCUGGCGCGGGGGGACCUCUGCGCGCUGGCCGAGCGCCUGGACAUCGUGGCCGGCUGCCGCCUGCUGCCCGACAUCCGCGGCGUGCCGGGGACUGAGCCUGAGCAAGAUCAGGGACCGCGAGCUUAGCCGUAACCCCGCCUGACUCUGCGCCCUGGGGGUGGUCCUUGAGGCCUCCGGGACCUGGCUCUGUAUCCUGUGUAGUUCCCUUCCCAUCUUGCUGUUUUGCCCCCAGGAUAACGCUCUGUGUGUGUAGAGGGGGCGGGUAAUAUUGUGCAGCCCCGCCCCACCUCUAGCCUCGGUUCCUCCCCACCCCGUCCUGUCCCCGUCGCUGCUCCCUGGUUCCGAGCCCGUCGCUGAGGCUUGGCUCCAGCCCUUGGGUAACCAGUCGCUCCUUGAUCUUUCUCCGUCCCGGAGUCUCACCUUGCUUCACCUUUUCUUGCGCUCUGCCUUUCUCGAGUUUGGUUUCUGCUCACAGGGCCUGGUCUUGCUUCUCCGCAUAGGAGCCCCAGAAUCUGGUGCAGGUUCCAUGGCAUCUUCCUUCACUCCCUUGUCUCUGCCUCUGGGCCUAGAACCACUUCUGGAAUUUUGUCCCCACAGGCUGGGUCCUUUUUCUGCUCCUCAGGCUCGGCCCUGGUUCCACGUCCUAGUUCGUCCUCUGCCGUCUCCUCGCUUCCAGUCCUUGGGCUUGGUUCCACCCUCUGCGCCCCAUCUUGUUUCCUGAAUCCAGCUGUACCCUUAGGAUUAGCUGCUGUUGCUUUUUCUUUUUUACUUUUUCAGAAGAGCUGCUUUUGCUUUUCCCAUUUUAUUUAUACUACCUACCUGAUCUUGAGCUCCAUAGCCCCCCCAGCCCCUGGCCCAAAAUGAGGCCCCCCUUGCC